CACUAUUCUCACAUGACUCGUCUGACAGGCUUUUAUUCUUACCUUUGAUUUUUCAUAACAACUACGCGAAUGAUGGUGCAGAUCAAGAGUGUGCCGUCAAAUUAGCAGUGCUUAAUCCUUAUUCCUUGCAACUAGUGCCUGCAGAGUGACGAGUGAUUAGUUGAGAGAGAGAGAGAGGGCGAGACUUAGGGCCUAAGUUUAGUUAUCUGUCAGAGAUUUAUAAGAAAAACCCUCUCCUCGACGGUCCGCGAGUUUUCUGCAUUCGCAAACUCUGGUGGUGAGAUUAACGUUCUUUUCGAUAACUGUUUUUAUUCCUUACACUGCACUUUGAUUCACGUACAGGAACUUGAAUUUGAUUGAGGGGGAAGGUGCGUUGUAAUAUUUUGGGUAUUGAUUAAUCGGGCUAAUUGGAUUGAGCGAGUCUUUUGAAGGAUAAUUCAACAGAUAUGGCAAUGAUAACCGAUGGACAGAGGCACAAAAAUGGUUUUGAGGACAAUGGAAUAGAGUGUAGGCCAUGGUCUGAUCUUCCCAUUGAUAUUUUAGAUAUAAUUGCCAGAAAACUUGAUAUUGUUGACCAUGUGUCAUUUCGUGCUGCCUGUAAGAAUUGGCGAGAAAUUCAGGGGCUUCCACUUGUCAAUGCACCAUGGAUGAUGGGACACCGUUGGGAUGUGGACGAAAAUGACGAAAAUGUCUACAGUUUAUGCAGCUUCUCCCUCCUAACUGCCAAAUGGAAUCAUGUUACCCGUAACAAAUUUGAGAGAGAAGGGUUUAGGGAUUUAUAUGGUGCGGCCAUAUGUGCCUCAAAACAUGGCUGGUUGCUUCUACAGAAAUCUAACUUGUCGUUCUUCUACAAUCCUUAUACCAACAGUAUAAUCAAACUACCCGAUCUUAACUUGAGCUUCAAUCGAACUACAUUCUCCUCUGUUCCAUCUUCUCCCGAUUGUUUUUGCUUUGCAAUACAAAGUUCCAAAGACAGUCUAAAAAUCUACAUACACGUCUGUCAGCCUAGCGACCAUAAAUGGACAACAUUUGAGUUAGAUGGUAUUAGGAAGGCAGUUGAGGACGUGGUUUACUGUAAUGGAACUUUUUAUUGUGUCUUUAGUGGAGGAGUGUUGGGGGGCUUUGAUCUUGCAAGCCGUGAAUGGAGUUUUCUGAAUAUAUUAUCAAUUCCCGAGGCCUCAUUUUGGUCUAGGGCUCAUAUGAUGGAGUCUCAUGGGCAGCUCUGGUUGGUGUGUCCUUCUAACUGCUUUGAAGUUUUUAAAUUCAACUGGUUAUCCCAGCUUUGGGUGAAGACACAUACAUUGGGAUGUCGAGCUUUAUUUCUCGGCUGUACCUCAUUCUUGGUUUCAGCAGAAGGAGAAACUUCCAGUUUUGCUGAUAAGAUUUAUUAUCAUUCUGAUUAUGUCAGUUCCUAUUAUUCAAUGGAGACUAAACAGAGUUAUCGAUGUGAGUCUACUCCACCUCGACUGGGGACUCAGAGAAUUUGGAUUCAGCCUCCUGAGCAGGUCUAGAGCCAUUUAGCUGUCUUUCUGCGCUUGCGCUAUGAAAUAUUCCGCUGUUUAGUAUUUGAAUAAUGCGCUUUGGGCACUUGUUUGAGUUUUGGUGCUAUGAAGUUAUAGGAUUUAUUGCUCUUGCCUCCAGUAACAAGUGCCUGAAUUACAAAGCAGUUUUGUUUUUUGAUUAGUACAAAGUUGGGAAAUUUAACUGCAUCAUUGUAAUGAUAUGACCUUGCUAGAAUAUUUACUAGUCCUUAGAUGUUUAUAAUUUAUUUUUUCAUCUUUUGAAGUUA